AUAAUUGAAGUUCGUUCUCCCCCUCCUCCUGACGACGAUCCGUCCAUAAAUCUGACCCAUUCUAGGGUGUACAGAAGAAAAGCCUAUUCAGUCAAUCCCAAGCUAAUCGCCUACACCCAACAAUGGUGAAUGUUCCAAAGACUAAGAAGACAUUCUGCAAGUCCAAGGAGUGCAAAAAGCACACACUGCACAAGGUUACUCAAUACAAGAAGGGAAAGGACAGCCUUGCUGCUCAAGGAAAGCGUCGUUAUGACCGCAAACAAUCAGGUUAUGGUGGACAGACCAAGCCGAUUCUUCACAAAAAGGCUAAAACUACUAAGAAGAUUGUGCUGAAACUCCAAUGUCAGGGAUGCAAGCAUGUUUCCCAACAUGUAAUCAAGAGGUGCAAGCAUUUCGAGAUUGGUGGGGAUAAGAAAGGAAAGGGAACUUCUCUCUUUUAAGUUGCAAUGGAAGAUCGAGCAAUUCAAAUGGUUGUACUUCAUGUGGGAUGUCAUUUCAUUUCUUAGUAUGAUCUAUUAUCUAUGUUUUGAGUUUGUUGGUCUAAAGUGUACGUUUUGAAUUGCCCCUUUUCUUGGCGUUAUUUCUGCAUUUCUCCUUUACAACUCCAUUUCUUUCUCAAUGGCGGGAUAUCUUGAUGAGCUCUUGUUUCCAGAAGAGUUUUGUGUUUGUAGGAAUAUAAUCAGCUUCUAUUAAAGAACAAGCCCCUUUUGCGUCAAAGUAGAAUCCCAAGAAUAUGUUCCCUUGUCUCUGUCCCAAAAUGAAGUUUUUUUUGGGAUGUUCCCAAAAUGGUGUUUCCAUUUUGGCAUGUUCCAAAUUAAAGUUAUCAGGAAGAU